UUUAUGGUGAUGGCGCCUUUUUCCUUGGUUUAGGGUUUUGAUUUUGAACGGAGGAGGAAACGGGUUUUACAGUUCAAUGCCAAAAAAACUUCAAUUCUGCACCCUAACAUUGUUCCGGUGCUCUUCACCUCCAACAAUUUCACCAUUGAAAAGCUUCAGUUUUUGUGAAUAAUUCCCGGAGAUUACAAGCUUCGGAUCGAGAAUAGUCCCCUCGAAUUCAAGGUUUGAAUCGUGAGCGGUUCUCGAAAAUGGCAUUCUCAUUCUCCCCUCAGCAGCCUCAGCAAUCUCUAUUCCAGACUCCUAUUCAACAACCCUCGCCGUUCCAACCCCAACAGCAGCAGCAACAACAAUCUCCUUUCCAGUUACAAUUGUCGCAGCCGCAACAGCAGCAGUCUCAGCCACAGCCGCAGCAACAGCCGCAGCUCUAUCUCUUCACGAAUGACAAAGUUCCCGCUUCUUAUGGUACCAAGUGGGCUGAUUUACAUCCUGAUUCGCAGAAAGUCCUGCUUCAAAUUGAGGAGAAGAUAUUGGAGUACAGAGACGAAAGCCAACGAUUGGACCAAUGCAGCAGGCUUUUUGAUUCGUCUGUCUCUAACAACGGAUUUGAGCUUGAUGCCAGCUCUAUUGUGCAGGAACUUGGUGGAAUUACCAUUUCUAUGGAGAGGCAGAAGGCGACCCUGCAAGAGCUUAUGACUGUUGUGAAAGAUAUGCUGCGAAAUACAGAAGUAGCUGUUCGAUCUUUUAUGAUUUUACGACCCAGGUUUCUUCACCAAAAUAAAAAUUCUCCAGCGGGUGCCACUGCACCAUCCCAGCCUUCUGGGGCAACUGUCACUCAAACACCAAGUGCUCAGCCUGCGGGAAACUCUAUAGCUCCUGUUUUUGAUUUUUACAGUGGGCUACCAAAGAAGCCGUCGCCCUUUUUGCAGCAAACUGUUGCCCGCUUUGAGAAAUAUCUUUUGGAGUGUCGUCAGUGGAUUGAAGAAUUAGAACAACUGCUACUUUUAGACUCUGGAAAACAUUCUUUAAAUUCAAGUUCUUCAUUGUUACAAUCUCUGCCUAAAGUCAUGACUAACGUACAUGACUUCUUUGUUCAUGUUGCAGCAAAGGUGGAAAGUAUUCAUCAGUACAUCGAAUCUAUGAGAACAGCAUAUCUUGCUGACCAACGCCAUCGAGGAGAUGAGAAUGAUCCAUUUCUUGAAGCUGAUAGGAGGGAAACAGCCAAACAGGAGGCUGCAGCUCGAAGGGUUCAUCCCACUAUACAUUUACCUAAUGUUCCUCAACCAUCUAGUCAGGCUACAGGACUCUUAGCCUUGUCAGCGCCAACUGGAGCAUCAACUUCAACAAACCCGUCAAGCUCCACUACUGCACCAGCAUCAAGUGGAACUGGAUCUCUAUUCUUUCCUACUCCUGCUGCUGCCUCAUCAACACCCUCUUUAUUCUCAACCCCUACCAGUUCAGCUCCAUUCUCAUCUUUGUUAGGAACUGCUGCUUCACAGUCAUCACCUUUUAGUUCCUUGUCUGCUUCCUCAUCUGCCUUUGGUAUUUCCACACCCACCCCUGCUGCAGCGCCAGCAUUCUCGACGCCUUUUGCUACAGGAGCUGCAACUGGGUCAGGAGCAAGCUUCGGAAUGGCAUCAAAGGCGAGAGCGAAAAGUCGCACAGGGCGGCGCUAGUGAUGAAGAAGAGACCUCCAUUGUUACUAUCCAUCUUAUUUGUUUCAACAUAAAAUGUAUCAUUCCUUGGGGAUGUAGUUUGACCUCAGAAAUUUCAUUGUAAUUCUGAAUCUUAUUACUGGAAGAAUUGCAGAUAUUCUAUUAAAAUUGCCUUUUGCGUUUCCUGCUUUCCA